GCCCCAGAGGAGGCUGCAUCUCCGCGCCGCACAAGCCAUCCCUGUGCAGCGUUAUGUGCAGCUGUUCCCCAGCUGCCCCACCCCAGAGGUGGCUGCACCUCCGCGCCAGACGAAUUCUCGUUCUGAGUUGAGGAGCUGCAAUGAGACAGGCACUUACUCUCCGACGUGGAGCAUCUGCGUGGGUCUCCUGAGACGCCCUUCAAUAGUGCAUCCGCCCCACGACCGUCAGCGGGGACUGGGCUGCAGCCAGACAUCAGGGCUCUUCCCGCCGGCCCCAGGGGGGCGCUGCCCCACGAGGCGGCCGGGGGCCCUCGGCGAUUCCGACGGGACCUGCGGGGGGCUCCCUACGAGGGGGAGAUGGGGCUGGCCAACGAGAUCUACUACCCCCGGCUGGGGCCGCUGGCCCAGGACGAGCUGCUGGCCCAGGCUCUGGAGAGGCUGGGGGCGCCCCCUGCGGGCCGGUGGCGGGAGGACGAGCCGGGGGGCACCCCGUGGCUCCAGGAGGCGCCCCCCGGUGGCCGCUGGAGGCAGGACGGGGCCCAGGCCGCCCUGGCCCUCCAGCGCCUCCUCCAGGAAUCGGUCCCCCUGGCCUCCCUCUUGCAGCUGUGGGACCAGGCCAGGGGGGCCCCGUACCCCGAUUACGAUGAGACCGGGGCAGGCGCCCCCCCCAGGACCCGGGCCCCGCCCCCACCCCAGCUGAGCCGCUACCGGACGGACGGGGCCUACGAGAACCACCAGGACGAGCCGGGUGAUGAGGAGCCUGGGGAGAUGGAUGCGGAGAUGCUGAGGUACCUGGUGGGCCGGAUCCUCGCGGGGGGUGGCGAGACGCGACCCCCCCGCCACCCCAGACGCCUGCGCCGGGGGCUGGAGGAAGAACCCCCCACCCUGCUGCGCGUGAAGCGGCUGGGGGGCGACGGGGAGGGCCCCGAGGCAGGAGCACCCCAGCUGCAGCGGGCCAAGAGGACGGAGGAAGAGGAGGAGGAGGCAGCUGUUGGGGGGCGGAGGGGGGCAUAUGGGGGGGAGCCCCUGCUGAGGUAUCUGCCUGAGUAACGGGGACACCCCCCCCCAGGGCCCAGUGAGUGCUAAUGUGGCGGGGGAGGGGUUACAUCCCCCCUGCCCCGUCCGUCUCUGAAUGUAGCCAGCCUGUGGGCGCCGGGGAGGGGCUGCCUUGCUCCUAGCCCCCCAAUCUCUGCCCCCCAAUGACCCCUCCCUCUGCAGGCCGGCUUAUCCCUGGGCCCCAUGUCUCUCCCCCACAAGCCAACUGCCCCCCCAUUGGGGUGACGGCUCACCCCCGACAUGCUUCAAGACCCCUAUUCCCCCCCCGGGCUCUGCCCCCCAGUGUCCCAGAUCCGAGCCCCCUAUUGUCCCCAGGGCUCUGGCCCCCCAGCUCUGAACCUCCCAUUUCCCCCACUACCCUAGCUCUGCCCCCCACCCCCCUGGUUCCCCCUGCUUCUAUCAGUCCAUUCAGUAACGCCCCCCCCCACACCGUCUGUCCGUCUGG